AUGCCGGAUUCGGAACAUUUAUUGUUCAUUAAAAAACGGUUAAAUUUGUGGCACGGUAUAAUGACUGAACUAAAUAUUGGGGCUCAUUGUUCUGAAAAGGAUUGCAGACAGUUGGAUUUUCUACCCAUUCAUUGUGAACACUGUGAUCGUGUCUUUUGUAAAAUUCAUAGUUCAAUUACUGCACAUAAUUGUCCAAUUUCAAGUUCAACCUACAAAUGUCAUCAAUCUUCAAGUCAAUUUCGUUCUGAUGAUGCUAAUGAUAAUAUCUGCGAUUAUCAUUUAUGUAAUGAAAGACAACUAGUACUGUUAUCCUGUGAUGGAUGUUAUGGAAAUUUUUGUACCAGUCAUAAACAAAAGGAGGUUCAUCAAUGUUCAAGUUUAACUCAAUCACUUCAUCAACUGGAUAAAAUUCAACCACUUAAAACUGUUGAUCGUACUGCUUUAAAUGCUAUUUCACAUACGAUAAUUCCAACGAAAAUCAAUGACACACUAUCAGUUAAACCACUAAGUGAUCGUGCCCGCGCCACUAAAGCGAAGUUGAUUUUAUUAAAAACUAAAAUGGAAGCAUUGCCUGGUGGUCAACGUGCUAGAGAAUUACCUGAAUCAGAGAGAUUUGUUAUUCGUUUGUCAGUUAUGCCAGAGGUUCUUUCAAAAAAUAAUAUGAUUUCAGUGUAUUUUGGAAAGCGUUGGCCACUUGGAUGUAUUUUGGAUUAUGGUUGUGAACACUUUCAUUUACCCCGUGAUAAAAAAUACGGUUUGAUUCGAUUAUCCGACGAAUUAGAUGAAUACUUUGCUACUAAUUGUAGUCAACAUCAAAAUCAUAUUGUUUCAAAUUCAUUACUUGAUUUAAAUAGUUCACUCAAACAACAUGUUGGAGAGAAUUGUUUUGUUGAAGGCCAAUUACUACAGAUUGUAUGUUUACCACAAACAUAAUCAUAGUGUUUUGUUUUAAUUAUGCGUCCACUGUACAUAAUGACUUCUUC